AUGUGUUCGUUUUUUCACAACGAAACGCCAUUGUGGAUGUCACUAUCGCAAAAUAUAAAUAAACAACAAUGGGUUUGGGGGCAAAUCUUUGGAAAAUUCUUUCACACUAUUCUCAAUUUUAUUUCGUUUCAAUUGCAUCGGUACUCGGCACAGGUACUGACUAUAUUUUUCUUUACGGAAGUUUUACAAAAAGCUUACUAUCGCAACAUCGAACAAUUGCAAGAAAAUGACAAGGAUAAUGCACCUAUUCAUCUGGAGAAACAUGAAUUGCAUACAUACGGAUCGGAUUAUGACUUGUCAUCAAAACAGGAAUAUGGCGAAUUCGCUGAAUUAAGAGAUAUGGUUGUUCCUUCGAGAGACAACGAUCCAUCGAAUGUGCCAUUGAUGACAAAUGAUGAUGAUGAUGAUGACGGUGACAAUGUAACUACUAGUGUUACUAACACGAAAUAUUACAUAAAAUCGUCAUAUAAGGCGGAUAUAAUCAAACGAUGUUUGCCGAAUCUUCAUUCGCUUGGCGAACUUCUUUUACCAUGUUUCCUUCGACAAGUAUUUACAGGAACUGUACUAUUAGCUUUAUUGUGCAUUUUGAUCAGCUAUGCACUUGCUGGUAGCCAAGCGUUCACAGCAUUGUUUAACAUUCCAUACAUUAAAAUGAUUCCGAUUUUUUGUUGGACAUGGACAUUUGUCGUCGUGUUUCUUCAUUCGUUCAUUCAACCGAUUAUUUCAAUCUUAACGUUUCUGAAAGGCACACUUUUUACUGCGACAGUCAUCGUUACAUUAUUAGUAGGAUUGAAAAUACAAAAUCCGGUUAAGAGCGAUUAUUCAGCUAUUGGAGACUCGUUUCUAAUGAGUACAAUCGCAUUAGGUGGAUUGAUGAACGUCAUGCCAAUGAUGUUUGCGAAAUUGAAACAAACUAGAGAAGAAAUAAUUGGUUUCAACGUAUCGGUGUUUCUUGGCUUGACAACAUGCGUUAUUUUGAAUAUUCUUUGGUGUUGGUCGAUCCUUGCCGUAGUACCUCAGAGCAGUACGUGUCUAUCGACAAAUAUUAACGAUUCGGUUCAUAUCGUGUUUAAUCUUAUGAAUGACUCACAAAUUCAUGGUCAAUGUAUUCAAUCACCUUCUUUAAAAAAAUCGGCACUAAAUGGAGAAAUCUCAACAGUACCAUUGACUCAAAUUCUUGAAAACGGCGAAUUCAGCUACUUUCAAUACGUUUCUUUUAUCGUACAAUUAUUCAUCAUCACGAGCAUUUCUGUAUCAUUCAUGACAAUGGGCUCUGCAUUACAUCAUACAAUCAAAGGUGUUGUCGAUUCAUACUGGAAUCCAACAUUAGAAGCCGAAACGAGCUUAAGAAAAUAUGGAAGUAUCUUCGAGUAUAUCACUGUACGAAGAAUCGCUCAGUGGAUUGCAUCGCUGUUGAUUUUUUCUAUCGUCUUUGGUAUUGCUAUGAGCAAUCCUAAGGGUUUCAAAUUGAUUCUUGAGCAAGCAGCAAGUCUAUUUCAAAAUGUCGAGGUUGGAUUAUUCCUCAGUAUAAUGAUUUACAAAGUUUCAACACGCGAAUAUAAUCAUUAUAUCCUCCCAUUUCAAUUGCCGUCAUGGUCACACUAUUUAAAAGGAAUCAUUCCAGUUUAUUUUCUCUUUGCUGUUUUUUAUGAUAUUUAUCAUAUAGUACGCACUUAUUUAAAAUAA